AUGCCUCCUGCUGAGAAGAAGUGGGAUGCCAACGCCGAGCGCGACCUUUGUGUUGCUAUUAUCAUGGGCGCUCAGGAUGGUGAGCGUAUGCGCUACAACUGGCCCAAGGUUCACAGCUCCAUGGAAGCUCUUGGGUAUGGCUUCACCAAGGACGCUAUCUCUCAGCACUUCAGCAAGACUAUCAUGCGCGAGUUCAAGAACCGCCACGGAGAGCCCUCGGCCAACAACUCUCCAGCUCCUACUCCCACCCCCAAGAAGACUCCCCGCAAGCGCGCCACGCCUGCCAAGGGGCGCAAGAAGAAGGUCGAGUCUGAUGACGAGGACGAAGAGGCCGCUGUCGAGUCCCCCCUUGCCAAGAAGAUGAAGCGCAAGAAGGAGGAAGAAGAUGAGGAUGUCAAGAUGGGCAACAUCAAUUCUACCGAAGGCGGACGCGAUAGCAGUGCCACCCCUGAAGGAGAUGACAAGUUCGGCAAGUGGCUCGCGAGUGACGCUGCUGCAAAGGCGUGA